AUGUCCGCAACUGAGUCUCAUGUUACACUUGAUACUUGUCGUAUUACAUGGUUUUCCAAACCUUUGUCAGCAGUAAUCAAGGUGCUUGAAGACGAUUACGAAGAUAGAGUUCUGAUUACUCAAUCGACAAAAGAAAAUAAGAAAUUGAGAUUGACGUCAGAUGAGAAGAAGAAAAGAAGUGAGAUGCUCCACAAGCUAUUACUAAUGGUGCAAGAAGUGACACCAAUGGCGCCCCUGAUAUCAAACACAGAAGAAACACCACCACCUAACAAUAUUAUGUUUGUACAAAAUCUAACACAUGAUACAACAGAGGACAUGUUGCAGCUUCUGUUCAAACAGUUCCUUGGUUUUAAAGAAAUCAGAAUGAUUGAUGCAAAAUUAGGAAUUGCAUUUGUUGAGUUUGAUGAUAAUAAUCAAUCUUCAACUGAAAUGCAAUCCCUGCAAGUUAUUCACUAUCUAAGUUCACAUCUCUUUUCCAAAAUUGAAUUUUUGUCCCAUGAAGAAGCUAGAACAACAGCUCUGAAGAUAGUUGAACUUGAUGCAUCUCUUAGAGGACGUGUUGUUCAGUAUCGUGAAGUACAAGGACAUCAAACAUAA